GCUUCAGACGAGUGUCGCAGUCGAUCUUUACCUUUCGCACGGACCGGUCGUUUUUUUUUUUUUUUUGUUCACGGGAAUAUGACGUCAGCUAUAAGAUACUCGUACAAGGGACUGAUCGUCCCGGUGUUUACUCCGUUCAAAGCUAACAGGUGUAAUGAAACAAUAACGAUUGAUGGAGUAGCGCGUUUUAAAACCAAAAUCUUCUCUGUUAAAGCGAAAGAGUCAUCAAUGCCUACCUCAUCCCCCGCUACUCGGACUACCUCAGGUCCAAGAAUAUGCCGGGUGUGCUCGUUAACGGCACUACCGGCGAGGGUAUGACGAUGUCGGUGAACGAGCGCAAGGAGAUCGCCGAGGCCUGGUCCGAGGCUACCAAAAGUCACGACCAGCACAUGGUGCUCCAAGUCGGCGGCGCGCCUCUGGCCGAUGUCAAGGAACUCGCGAGUCACGCGCAGAGCUUGAACGUCGACGCCAUCCUCUGUCUGCCCGAGCUGUACUACAAGCCCAGCAACGUCGAACAGUUGGUCGAGUACCUGCAGGCCGUCGGUGAAGCUGCUCCCGAGACGCCCCUGCUGUACUAUCACUUCCCCAACAUGUCCAGAGUCUCGAUACACAUGGGCCAGUUCCUGGAAAGCGUGAGGGAUCGGAUCCCAACCCUCGUCGGCAUCAAGUUCACCAGUACGGAUCUCGAGGAAGGUUCUCGGGCACUGCGCGUCGAAGACGGCCGGUACACCGUCUUCCUCGGCAGCAAUCAGCUGAUACCGGCAGGCAGCGCCGUGGGAAUGGACUCAUUCAUGCCGAGCACCGCGAAUCUCUUUCCGGAGCUCGUCCGCGACAUAAUCAGGUACAGCAAGGAAGAGGACUACUCAUCGGCAAAAAGCAAGCAGGAGAAACUGCUGCGAGCCUUCGAAAGCCUUUCUCAAUUAGGUCACCCGGUGGCGAGUAUGAAGGCUGCGAUGUCUCAUUUGAGUCCCAUCGAGGUUGGACCGUCCCGGACGCCACUGCCUUCGCUGGACAACGAGAACGACCAGCGCAAACUUCGCCACGUGCUGAAGGACAUAAUCUAGGAGCUAAGGAACUAUAUUUAUCGUUGCGUAAUAAAUUAUUUUUAUAGUAUGUUGCUUAAUAGUAUUUUGUUUGUAGCCCAUUCUCUUUGAUAUUGGUAACUGGUUCGGUGCAGUGUACAGGAUAUAUCUUAUCGAAGAACUGUCGAUAAGAUUAUUGCUGUAUACAGGAGCUUUGUUGACGGGAAAGUGUUGCACCUUGGACCGAUGAGUAUUGCGUUGAUGACGUAAUUAUAAGCGACUUGUCAAACUUAUUUCAGGUGUUCCGAUCUCCUCGGUAUAAUACAGCAAAAUUUUGAUUUCAUCGUCAUCGAUAAAAUGUAAACAUUCCAAGCUUCCUAAAUCGAAGUACGCGUUCGAACGUUCAUUUUUCGCGGGCUUAAAGCGACCUCUACCGUAAGCAUCGCGAAGCGUAAGAAUAGGCAAGUAUGUACUCGCAAGAUAAGGAUAUCCAUAUCAUGGUAUUGAUUAAAAAACGCUGCGCACUUCUCGCACAUGAGCGAACGCGGUAUCAACGUAGCGAAUACGUCUAAUGCGAUGCGCGCAGUAUAGGUGCCUCUUUGAAGCGAGUUCGUAACAGCAACAGCACCGCGAGUCGAGUGUAGAAGCGACUGCAAACAUGACGGCGGCUGCAAAAUUCAACUUCAAAGGCAUCAUCGCCACGGCUUUCACGCCGUUCAGACAUGACAGUGUGCGAAGCCUCAAUUUGGAAGUGAUCCCUCAGUAUGCCAAGUAUUUUCAAAUAAAAGAGUUCGGCGCCGUUUUAAUCAACGGAACCUACGGCGAAGGAAUGGCAAUGUCGACCGAAGAGAGAAUCCAGGUAGCCGAGGCCUGGUCCGAAGCUGUGAAGGAAACCAAGCAACAUCUCAUGGUCCAAGUCGGCGGCACGAAUCUACAAGAUGUCAAGAAACUCGCUAGUCACGCGCAGAAUAUACGCGCGAAUUCCAUACUCUGUCUCCCGGAGCUGUACUACAAGCCAAAGACUGUGGAAGAGCUGAUUGAUUACUUGAAGGAAGUCGGCGAAGCAGCUCCGGAAAUACCGCUUUUCUACUAUCACUCGCCCGACGCCACUGGCGUGAAUCUGAACAUGGCUGAAUUUUUCAAAAAGGUCGACAACAAGAUUCCCAGCCUGGGCGGUGUCAAGUUUGCCGUUGCCGAUUUAGACGCCUGUUAUAAGGCGCUUCGCGCUGCCGCCAAUAGAUUCAAGAUUAUCUUGGCCAACAACUACAUUCUACCUGCCAGCAUAUCCAUCGGCAUAGACACGUUCAUGCCGACGAGCAUGAACGUUGCUCCGGAUUUGGUGAAGAAAAUCGUUCGCCUAGCCGAGACCGGUUUCUUCUCCGACGCUCAAGUGUACCAGACCCAGUUGGCCCACGCCAUAGACCAGAUAGCCGAUAUAAAUAACGGUGUGGCGAUGGCACCUAUGAAGUACGUGACGUCUCUCACGGCGCCGAUCAACGUCGGACCGACGAGGAAGCCCCUGCGCACUUUCGACACUCCGGAAGACGAGGCUCAGAUAGUCUUGUUGUCCAAACAUCUGAUGGUCUCAUAAACCCUUUUACAUCGUGCCAUAUAUUUAUAAUUAUAUUUUAAAGUAAAAAUACUGGUGUAAGCAACAUUUCCAUACGCGCGCACGAAAGACUGAAUUCCUGUACAAUCAAUGCGUCAAUUCCUGUACGAUGUACCCAUAUAACAAAGCGUAUCUCGUAAAAACAGUACGUAUCCAAA